CAGCCGGCGUCUGCGAGUGUUGUUUGCGAAAUUAUUCGCGAGUUCUUUUUGUUUGCGGCGAGAAGGCCAUCAAUCUGUCUGGUGCUGACAAUUUCUUCAACUAAGUGAUUUCUUUGGUUUGUGCGAAAACUAUAUAUCAAUACACAUGACGUUAGACCAGCGAUACUCAACCUGCGGCCCGACAGUCCUUCUGGUUGGCCCAUCUGGUGUGUAUGAAGUUUGGAACUCAUACACAUAAGUACUUUUGCCUUGACAUCAUUGCAGACGAAAGAGAGGAUACGGUUAUUCACAAUUAAUGAAAAAUUGCAUUCUCUGCAGGACCACAAAAAGUUCGAAAUGGCCGAAAUGUCUGAAUCACUCGUCACAACCGAGGACAAGCUAGCAGAGGCGAAGGAGUUGUUCGGUCGAGGCAGUCGCAACUAUUGCAUGAAACAGUACAUGGAUGCUGCGGAUGAUCUAAGCUCAUGUUGUGCUAUUUAUUCGGAACUGUACGGAGCCACAGCGGAACAAUGCGGGCUUCCUUAUCUGCUGUAUGCUAAAUCUCUGAUAGCGAUAGGCAAGGAUGAAAAUAAUCUGAUAGUGCCAGGUGAGGAAGAGGAAGCGGACGAUGAAGAUGACGAGGAUGGAGAAGGGGGGGAUGAAGGAGGCUCGGCGAAUGGACAGGUUGAUGAUGAAGAAAAAAAAGACGGUGAGGAAAAAGCCACUGAUGAUGCUGAGGUGAAACAAUCGGAGGAAGAACAGUGCUCCAAAUCACCGGAGGAAGAUGAUUCCAAAAAAGAAGAUGGAGAGGCCGGAUCGUCAUCGAAGACGGACGAAGAACCUCAACCAGGACCCUCAACAUCGAAUGGAGCUGAGGAGGAGAAAGAAGAAGAAAGUGUAGAUUGCGAAGACGAGAAAGCGGGCGGCAAUCUGGAAGUUGCAUGGGAAAUACUCGAAUUAGCUGUGAAGAUAUUCGAAUCACAAGGUGAUAAAACAUUGGAUAAUUUGUCCGACUGCUAUUCAGAACUGGCAAGUAUAUCUUUUGAAAAUAGCCACUUCACAGAUGCUGCUAAUGAUUACAAAAAGGCACUAUCAAUCCACGAUAAAUCCGAAAAGUCUGAUAGCCGCGUGAUUGCAGAGAUUCAUUACAAAGUUGGUUUGUGCCAUUUGAUGCUUAACGAGUUUGAAGAUUCGAUCAAAUCAUUCCGGGAUGCGUGUAGCGAGCUGGAUAAGGUUAUAGAGAAGGAGAAAGCAAAGGAACAGACCGAUGAAACUGAGGCCACCGUUGAGGAUCUUGAAGAGACUAAACAGGAAAUUCUAGACAAAAUAACGGAAGUCGAGGAAACUAAAAAAACGUCAAUCGAGGAAGUGAAACGAGAGCUUUCCAAAAUCAUAGUCAAGGGCGAAACAUCAAAUGGUUUCGAUGCAGCAGGAUCAUCAUCCUCUUCGACGGCAGCCACCAAUGGAGCGUCCUCCAGUUCAAAGCCCACCGAGAAAGCUACUGACAUAUCUCAUCUGAUCAAGCGCAAGAAGCCCGAUACGCCAACCACGAACGAUCCGGACAGUUCCCCCGCCAAAAAGGUUGCUGUUGAUGCAAAUAAAACAGAUGUUUGAAAGAUUCUGUUCUGUUUCCUGUUGAGUUCUUUCUGACGUUCUUAAUUCUUAAAUUAUUUUUUGCUAUUUCAUAUCCGUAUUAAACAGACAUUCAAUAAACAUCUUUUUGUUAAAAAAAAUGUAAUAUGAAAAUAAUCAUAAAUAAACUUGUCUGUGUCUAUAUGAUUAAUGUA